AUGGUAGUUCGAGGCCCGACUCUGAAGCUGCCUACAGGUGCAGAAAUGCCUGCUGUUGGCCUUGGAACCUGGUUGUCAAAACCAAAUGAAGUUGGGAAUGCAGUCAAAUAUGCUUUGGACUGCGGGUAUCGUCUCAUCGAUACAGCAGAGUUUUACGGAAACGAAAAGGAAAUUGGUGACACUUUGCAAGCAUAUUUUAAAGCGGGCAAGCUGAAGCGUGAAGACGUAUUUAUUACAACGAAAGUAAACAUUCGUUUUUUCCGGCAUACGUUGCUUUCCUGCUUCUGCAAUCAUUUCAAACCAGAGCAAAUGGAUGCAGCAAUUCAAGGUUCUCUUGAUAAACUCCAAUUCGAUUACGUAGAUCUUUACCUUGCACACUCGCCCGCUGCACUAAACGUAGCUCUUCUGGAUACCCAUUUUGUAUUUUGUAGCUUAACACCAGCCGGUUUUUUGGAGCUCAAAAGAAAUUUUUUAGGAAGACAAGUCGAUACCAGAGCUUCCUGUCACAAUCGAACAAAUUUGGCAGUGUCAAAUUUUACUGUGGCACAAAUGGAACGAGUUUUAAAAAUUUCGACAGUGCCAAUUCACAAUCUUCAAGUUUUCGAUUUUGAAAUAAGCUCAUCUGAAAUGGAACAGCUCAAUGGGUUAAAGAAGAACUACAGAACUGCUGGCUGGGACUUCCUGAAGGGCCAUUCGGAAGACCCGUUCAAGAGCGAAAGGUGACA